GUGUAGAGAGCGGCGUGCUACGAAGGACAAGUUAGCGUUUUAUUUCAGCCUUCUUCUAAACUUGCUUUAUUAACGAUGCGUUACUGCUGCUGUUUUUAUUGUUAACUCACUGUUUUAUCCUAAGUGAUUUUGCGAUGUUUAAGCCAAAGCUCUAUACUAAAUUAUCAAACAAAGUGACAGGUUUUGAUGGUUAAAGAGUUUCAUAUUUGCACAUUACCCAGAAUUAAUAAUAUAAUAAUAAUUUGUUUAAACUUAUAAUAAUUCAUACGUUUGAUUCGCAUAGUUAUGCUAAUCAUGAUUACCAGUCAUACUUAAAAAGAAAACUCUUCAUCAUCGAUGUUUAGCACCGCUAGCUGACUCGAACACCGGCUAAUUGCUACGGAACGGACCCCUCAUCUAAUCGCAGAAGAAGCUACCAGCGUGGCUGUCAUGGCGAUUCUCCCAUCAUAAUAGCGGAGCUGAGAUCCACUCAGUGAUUCGUUCAGUGUCUCUGACCACUGAGUCCAAGCUAACCCAGAAUGGUUUAGCUUCAGGGUUAGUUGGUGGACAAUAUGGAGGAGAGCGGAGAGGAGGCGGGGGGCGCAGCCUGCAGAGUUUUCACCUUUAAAGACGAGAAAAGUCCAGAGGAGAGUCUGAGUGUCUGCAUCCCAGAGGUUCUGGACCCUCAGUAUGGGAUGUACGUGUGGCCCUGCGCCGUGGUUCUGGCCCAGUACUUGUGGUUCCACCGAGACCAGCUGAGAGGCCGGGCAGUGCUGGAGCUCGGCGCCGGUGUGGGUCUCCCCGGCGUGCUGGCGGCCCGCUGCGGCGCCCACGUGUUGCUGUCGGACGCAUCGGACCGGCCGCGGUGCCUGGAGAACGGCCGGCGGAGCUGCGCGGCCAACGGGCUGCGGGACGUCGGCGUGCUGGGCCUCAGCUGGGGGGACGUGACCCCGGAGCUGCUGCUGCUGCCCCCGCAGGACGUCGUCCUCGGCUCGGACGUCUUCUACGACCCCGAGGAUUUUGAAGAUGUUCUGGUGACGUUUGUCUGCCUGCUGAGGAAAAACCCGGAGGCUCAGUUCUGGACGACGUACCAAGUGAGGAGCUCUGAUUGGUCCCUGGAGGCCCUGCUCCGCCGCUGGAGGCUGCGCUGCGUCUCGGUGCCGCUGGCGGACUUCGGUGCGGAUGGGUGUGAGCUGGCCGGGUCCGCGCUGCCGGGCAGCCACACCGUCCACAUGAUGAUCAUCAGCAGGGGGUCAGAGGUCGACCCGCCAGCCCAGGGGUCACCGUCUGCCCCCAGACACGCAGCCUGCUGCUCAGCUGCUCAGUGAAAAACCGACUGAAAUGAAAACAUUAAAGCAGAUUCAGGUUCUGA